GUUCAGGCGGAGCGAAGAACACCUAUUGGGUUCUAUUUUACAUCCAUUCCUCUGGGAUAAUUACAGAAAAUCAACAGUCUCUUGUGACACUUUUUUAGCGUAAGACUGCUUAAAUUUCGUCAUUCAUAUUCAGUCGAGUUGCAUUUAUUAUCAGAAUAUUGCAAAAGUAAACUAGAAUGGCGCUGUAUUUUGUGUACGAUCAUCUAUGCAGCUUCUGACUGUAUUAGCUCCCGUGCUUGCCGGUUUUUUCAAGCAAAAACAUUCAACAACGGGGAACAUCGCCACUAAUUUGGACAAACGAGCGUCACUCCAAGGCUCGUAACAUCGUUAUAGUGGAGCGGGAGGCUGGUGCCAGAGGCGCCGGAGGCGGAGCGGUGUCUGUUAGCAUACCCGGGCUGGUGCAGGACGGUAUGGCUGCGGGAAAGGGAGCGGGGAAGCCCGCCUCGCUGUGGGACAACAUGCGGAUCAGGUUCAUUGUUUGCUUCUUUGGAGUCUUCGUUUGCUACUUUUACUACGGAAUCCUGCAAGAGACAAUCACACGUGGGGAUUAUGGCCAUGAGAAGUUCAGAUACGCUCGCACUUUGGUGUUCAUCCAGUGCAUAAUCAACGCCGUGUUUGCAAGGAUCUUGAUACAGUUUUUCGAGGGAUCUAAACCAGACCCCACUAAAAGCUGGCUCUACGGCCUGUGUUCCCUUUCUUAUGUUGGAGCCAUGGUGUCCAGUAACUCUGCCCUGCAGUACGUCAAUUACCCCACACAAGUAUUGGGAAAGUCCUGCAAGCCCAUCCCAGUGAUGAUCCUCGGAGUGACGAUACUGAGGAAAAAGUAUCCGCUGGCUAAGUAUCUGUGUGUGCUGCUGAUUGUGACCGGGGUCGCUCUGUUCCUCUACAAGCCCAACAAGAGCACGGCGGUCAUGGACGACCAUGUUUUUGGGUUUGGAGAGAUUCUGCUGGUGGUCUCCCUGACUCUGGACGGGUUAACGGGUGUGGCUCAGGACCACAUGAGGGCACGCUUCCAGACGGGAGCCAAUCACAUGAUGCUGAACGUCAACAUGUGGUCCACUCUCAUUCUGGGACUUGCGGUUCUGUGGACCGGAGAGAUUUGGGACUUCCUGAGUUUUACGGAGCGCCACCCCUCCAUCUUUUACAACAUUCUUCUGUUUGGACUGACCAGCGCUUUAGGCCAGACGUUUAUUUUCAUGACGGUGGUGUACUUCGGGCCUCUGACCUGCUCCAUCGUCACCACCACUCGGAAGUUCUUCACGAUCCUCGGUUCUGUCAUUUUGUUCGGAAACGUCCUGAGUUCGAUGCAGUGGUUCGGCACCGUCCUCGUGUUCCUUGGUCUCGGUUUGGAUGCUAAAUUCGGGAAAUCCCCUAAAAAGACGAUGCAUUGAGACAUCCACCGGAUCCACAGAAACGGGAAUCUUCCUCACAUGUUUAACUGUAACGGUCAUCGCUUUACGUGGUGUGGAUGUGUAAAGAAAUGAAAUCGACGUCGGAUCGAGUCGACGGCUGACCCUCAAAAAUAGUGAGAUUUCGUGGACGAGUAUGAACUGAUGCAAGAGGAAAAUCCUGCAAUCAGACAAACUCUUUAUUAAACAAACUUCCCUGUAAGUGGAAAAACAAUGAAACAAAGAUCUUCAAAGUGAAGUAAAACGUUUGCAAAUGAAUGAUUGUGAUGAUCGGUUUUAAUUCCUUGACUGUGGUUAGUGUUAUCAUUUAAAACGUUUUUUUUUUUUUGUCCUGUUUUCUGCAAUUAUUAAUUUUAUUUUUUACAAGUUUAAAAUAUGCUCUAUAAAAAAGGGAAAUUGUUAUAAUAUUUUGUCAUUGUUUGUUUUUAUUGAAUUGAAUGUCAUUUAUCAGUCCAGCAACUUUAUAGACUUUCAUUCAUUAAUUGUGUAAUGUAAGGGGCUUUAAAGACCAUUCAGCUGUGAAAUGAUAAUUAUUAGAGACGGAAGUUUCAAAACUCAGCAUUAUGAAAAGUUUCAGUCUGAUAAAUUGUGAGACGCAAGCAAUUUUGGAUUUUUUUGCCUCGGAUUUGUCUUCUUUCCUUUAUAGCAGCGUAUCAUCUGCUUCCAUAAAGUCAAAUUCUCAAUUUAUUCA